AUGGACGCCUUGUCCGGCAAGAAUUCGACAGGUCGCAGAGUGUCUUUGCUAAACGACGGCCCGGCGCCUCCACCUCAACUUGUCCGACUCCCCUCCAUCACUCCUUCCCUCCAGUCCCGCACCUCAGCUUAUUCGUCACCCGCUGCCUCACCACCAACCCCCCGCCUGGUCCGCAGCGAUUCUUCAGACUCAAACAUGCAGACUCCCUCGCCCAUCACGCCCGAUUUUGCCUUUGAGCAGGGCAUGGACUCGCCCGUCUUUUCGCAAAAUGGCUUCUUCCCCUCGCAAAAGGACCUCAGCUACCCCAUGCACCAGCCACAAGCGGCCCCGAUGCCCUACCCACCCCAACCCGGCUACUUCAACAACAGGCCCGACCAUCUCCAGGACCCGCACCACCAGCAACAUCAGCAGCUCUCGGAGCCCUCGGCCCUUAACGCCCGCCCCAAGAAGAACAGCUACCCGUGCCCAAUGGCCAAACAAUUCGGCUGCAACGACUACUUCACCACCUCAGGCCACGCUGCGCGCCACGCCAAGAAGCACACGGGCAAAAAGGACGCCUUCUGCCCCGAGUGCAACAAGGCCUUCACUCGCAAGGACAACAUGGAGCAGCACCGCCGCACCCACCAGACCGGUCGCAACGCUGCAAAGGGCGCCGACCGCGACGUCAAAAAGGCAAAGCACCAGGCCAAGCGCCCUAAGCCAGCGCCUCUGCAGUCAACAAUGCCUUCUCUCUCAUCGCUCUCCAUGGUGGACCCCACCCUGCCCGUCAGUCCCGCUACGGCGUCAUACAUGGCUCCUGUACAAUCGUCCGACUCUUUUCUCGACUUUUCAAGCUCGCAACAUCGCUCGCCGUACCCCGACCCCACUCCUUACAGCUACAACCCUAGUUCGUAUGGUGGUCUAGACGCCUUGGCCAUUGCCGCCAGCGGAGAGAAGCGCAAGUUUGAAUCGUAA